AUGUCAAGUUCCGACGAAGAUUCAACAUCAUAUAUUCGUAGGUACACAAUAAAUUUAGAAAUCUUGAACACAUUUGUUACUUUUUUGGAAGAUGAAGAAAGAGAAACCGAAAGUUCUGCACGGUUGUAUCACACAGAGUACCUGAGAAAACCGAAACAAGAAGAUGUUGAUCGAGUGACCGCAAAACAUGUGGAGAUGCAUGGUUUCCCGCAUGCUUACUUUGGACCCGCCGGUUCGAACAACGACAUCAACAUACUCGAUGAAUCUGACUUGUUCGACCAGCUCCUUGAAGAUAGAGUUCCUGUGGUCAACUUUACCGCUAAUGGCGGGCAGUUUACAAAAAGGUAUUAUCUAGCCGUCGGUAUUUAUCCUGAAUGGUCGACACUUUUGAACUACUUUAAGUGUCCCAUGGACCCCAAGACCACAAAGUUCAAGCGCUAUCAAGAAGCUGCAAGGAAAGACGUAGAGCGUGCAUUUGAGGUUCUUCAAGGUCGUUGGGAAAUCCUAUCUCAUGGAGCGCGUCCAUUGAGCAUCAACAAAAUUAAACAUACGAUGUACGCUUGUGUGAUUUUGCACAACAUGGUCGUUGAUUAUAACGGUCGUGUAAUUAGUCCGCUCGAAUUGGACUUAAUUCCACCCGAGAGGCUAGUUCGUACUUGGGACGAACGAGUUGGAACACAGUUACGUAUGAUGGGGGAGUUACGUGAUCGAGCGACUCACAACCGUCUUCAUGUUGCUCUAGUCGAACACAUUUGGAACUUGCCGGAACACCAUCGUCAAUGUUGA